AUGUACGGUGAUCUGUAUCAGCUUGUGAACUUGGCGAAGGGCGACUGGGUGCCGCAGCAGUAUGAUGAGCUGCUACGCGAGCGUAUGGAGCCCAAGAUGGGCCAGUUCCCGACUAAGAUGCAGAGGACUGAUAAGAUCGUGGGCAGUGGUGAUAUGCACCAUGACUGGAGGCGCGCCGAAGCCCUCACCGACGAGAUCGCUGGCGAGGCUAUCGGCGAUGAGAUGGAGGUACCUGACAAUGUACAACCACGGCAGUCAGCGCGCAAGAGUUGGCUGGACAUUGAUCAAUGUGCUCACGUUGUCGAGGAUAUGAAACGUGUUGCGAGCAAGCUCGUGCAUGACGGGAUAAUUCAGCUUUCUCCGACGUAG